CUUACCCGAGCAAAGUCCGCGGCGACACUUUGAAUAUAGCGGACACCUGGAGCACUUCCGGCCUCGCGAAUAUGGCGGACGACUUGUCACUGUUCUACAAAAAAAUAGCUGUUGCCAGGCCUUAAGCUCCAAACUAGCAGAACCAUUGACGAGACCUGAGAUGAAUUUUUUGUCGAGUGAAACAAUGAGUAAAGGGAAUGUCUAUUGGAUAGGUGUUACUGAUAUGGUCCUGGAACACAGCUGGGUGUAUGCAUCUUCUCUUUCCUCAAUGACCGUCCAGAAUUGGAACCCAGGUGAACCAAACGGUGUUUUGGACCAGAAUUGUGCAUUCCUCCAUACUCAUGGAAAACUUGUAGAUCAUAUUUGUGACACAUCAUAUCGCUUUGUUUGUGAAAUGGAGAAUGUGUACCAGAUAACGUCCCCUGUUGGGUGAACUUUACAGAACCAAAAUAAUAAAUAGAGAGAUAUGUUCUUGUUUGUAUGUUUCAUUUCUUUUUGCUAAAUGAAAACUUAGACCUGAGCCCAGUACAAUGAUUAUAACAGAGCUGACUUAGGUAAAAUUUAUACGUUGGCUUAAUUUUUAGAUUUAUGACGUUUUCAUCAUGUGUUCUUCAUGUUGCAAGAUUUAAUACGUUUUUUGAAUGAAAACUUGUACUGAAAUCUAUUCUCGGGAUUUUCAACAAAUCAUCUAUAGAGGAUUACUGGACUUGAGCUUUCAAUUUCUCAACAUUUUCCCAAGAGUUUCUGUACAGUUUGAGUUACCUUUUCUACUCAACAUCCAAACACCAUUUCUUGUCACGCUUAAAGUCUGUUAAACAAGUAAGGUAUAUUCUUUUUUUUUUUUUUUUUUAAAACCAAAAACUGCAGGUAUUUAUGAGAUAGCGUGACAUUGGUCACUCUCAAUCACGUUCUUUACAGUCCGGAUAAAGUUUUCGUCGAAUAUCUUCUUCCCAUCCUCCCAUAUAGCAUUUUUACAGAGGUCUAACGGUCUAAAAUUUCAAUAAGCUAUUUGUGGACGAAUGUCACAAAUACCCUAGUUUA